AUUGCUGCUCCUGUUACCUACCAAGCUCAUUUCCUCUUCUCUCCCAUUCUCUAAUCAACUCGAAUUGACCAAGAAUUGACACUCAAUCCCAUCAUUCACCACACAUCACAAAAAGCUGCCCAAGAUGCCUUUUGCUUUCGAAAUCUCCAACUCAUACGGCUUCGUCCUGGCCGCCGCCACGUCUGCCUUCUUCGUCAACGUCCUGCACAUGGCGCGCACCGGCAAGUUCCGCAAGGCCAGCGGCGUCACCUAUCCCAACGCCUAUGCUUCUCACGAGCAGGCCGAGAAGGACCCCAACGCGUACAAGUUUAACUGCGCUCAACGCGCCCACAACAACUACACCGAGAACCUCGUCCCCGCCGUCGGCUCCCUUCUCAUCGCCGGCCUCAACUUCCCCGUCGCCGCUGCCCUCCUCGGCGCCACAUGGUCCUUUGGCCGCGUGGUUUACCUCUACGGCUACACCAGCAACUCUGGCCCCAAGGGCCGAACAUUUGGUGCUUAUUUCUCCGGUGCCGCGGAUCUUGCUCUCAAGCUGAUGGCUGCCUACACCUCUUACCUGGUUAUCACAAGCAACUAAGUUCUUCUACAUCUGCCUUUUUUUUUCACUUGAGCUUCUUAUUUUUGCGAGAUAGACCAAUCUUUACUUUACUAGAGGAAAAUAGAAUUACAAUUCAGUUAAUCCAGAUGCUACUACGAUUUUCAUUGUAAGAAAUGCCUUGACAAGAAGGCGCGUGCUUGUUUCAGCCGUCGCCCUGUAACAAUCUUCUCGGCCACAAUAGAAGCCCCCUUGCUCCUGAACUGAAAC